AUGACCGACAGCGCCCAUCAUUGCACCUCUCUAUACUCAGUAACAACGCCCAGGAAACCUGGGGCAAUCUGGUGCAGUGCCCCGAGAGGAAACCACCGAAGACCACCCAUGCAGGAGCUGCCAAAUCUGUGCAAUUUAAAUCAUAUUACUCAUGAUGAUUCUCUAGAGUUGGCAUUCAGAUACAAGACCAACAAGUCUGGAAGUACAAAGAACGAAGCUUUAUCCAAAAAGAAACCAUCAGAUUCAAAAUCUGAACCUUCUACUUCCACCAACUCUGAUACCAAUACUGAUACUGAUAAAGAAGACUCUUCAACCACUAAUAGUACUUUAUCAGAUACAAGUGAUGAUACAACAAUCAAAGAUAAAUCAAAUCCAACUCAUUUCAAGAAGAAUGGAACUGAAAAAUAUGAUGGCACUUCUAGUGCCUCGCAAAGUUUGGUUUCAAUCACUAUGAUCUUAUCGAGUUUUUAA